AACGAAACUAGGUCAAACGAAACUCUUCAUUGCUUUAAUGUUUACCCCGGAAGUUGGCUUAUUUUGCCAACAAACACGGAAGAAAGAAAAUAAUGACAGAAGCAUGUGAUCAGUUGGUUCGUGCCGACGAAAUCCAUGCUUUACUUGAACAUUUUUCAAAGAACUCAUACAGGGUGAAAGGCGACCCAAAGGGUGAUCCAGUGACAGGGAAGUGUCUGAAGCUCUAUGCCAAAGAUUACCAAUUUACAGUGAUAAACAACACAGCAGGAGAUCUGUGUGCACACUACCCCAGCAAACUGGCUGUACUGGAAUAUGAAAAAUGUUCUACAGUUAAAGAAAGGGUGGAGAGCCUUUUCGACAGUAAUAAAGUUAAAAACAUAUUUAAGCAAGCUAGGUUUGCCAGAUGUCGGUCCAGAUUUGUUAUUCCUGUAAUUCUGUUCGAAGGGAAGCAUGUCUGCAGAUCUGCAACUGUAUCCAGUGGUGCAGAGAUGUACAGUAGAUCCGGUCUAGAUUUCAUCUUCACAGGUGGAGAACAGAGUACAAGUACAGCAUCAAAGUCAGUGCCAACAUCAGAACAAAGCGAUAUGCAAAUGUUUGAUAGAGUCCGAGGACAGGAUAUCAAUGUAUUGAAAACAUUUUCUGUCAAAUAUAUUGUGGAUCUAAUGGUAGAGAAAAAGAAAGUUAAGUUUGGAAUGAAUGUAACAUCUUCAGAAAAGGUUGAUAAAGAAAACAGAUAUGGCGAAUUUUGUAUAGUAUCUGUGCCUUAUCCAGGUUGUGAGUUUUUCAAAGAAUGGAAAGAUAACUCUUACCUAGGGGAAGUAAUGCAGUUUGACUGGACACAGGGCUAUGUAGAUGCUUGUCUAGACAUUCCCCCAACAGAAGUGUUACGCCAGUUGUCGAUAGACUGGUCUCAGUAUAAGAGCUGGAAUCUUAUUCAACUUACACAAAACUACCUCAAAAUGAUGCUACAUGUGCUAUCUGAAGGUGAUAAAGGUGUUUUAGUUCAUUGUAUCUCUGGUUGGGACCGGACACCGAUGUUCGUUUCAUUAUUAAGACUGUCACUUUGGGCAGAUGGUGCAAUUCAUAAAUCUCUCACAGCUGCAGAAAUCCUUUAUCUAACACUAGCAUAUGACUGGUAUUUAUUUGGGCACAAUCUAUCAGACAGAUUAAAUAAAGGUGAAGAGAUUUUAUUGUUUUGUUUCUAUUUCCUGUCAAAUAUAACAUCAGAAGAGUAUUCCAUACACUCUAAAAAGUCUUCCAAAUUACAUAGCAGUUUAUCGGACACAAAUGGAGUAAUUAAAGCACCAGAAACAUAUUCAAGUGGCCUUAGAAGACAUCUGAACAACAGUUCUAGUAGUUUAGCAAGUGUAGGAGGAUGCCAAAGGAAGUUGAGCUCAGGGAGUGCGGGCAGCAAUAGUGGCCCGAUAGACUCUAAUAACCCGCUCUUCUACAUCAGUGGUGAGGAUGAAGUUGUCAUAAACGGGAGUCCUGCUUCUGGUUUUAGUCAGUCAGACAGUUUCCAUCCAACUCCUAAUGGUUCCCGGCUUCAGGCGGGUUUGUCUUGUAAAAGGUCAUCUAGUCCAAUCUUGAUGCAGUCAAACAGGGGCAGACAAUCUAGUAUCUCAGAAUCACCAACUUGUGGGAGUUGGCAGGUGAUAUCGGGAACUGGUAGUCUUAUAUCGACAGAAUGUCAUUCUACAUCGUCACAGAGUUUCAGCAAAAUUGGAUCCUGUGAGGAAGCACUAGAAGCACCAGCCUCGGAGAGGUGGGAAAAACUGGACGCUGUUAGACGAAUAUUUAACAACGCAUACCACAAUAAAAUAACUACAAAAUUCAAACCAGAUACUGGAAUUAUGAACCAGUUAUCAGAAAGACUUGGAUUUAAACAGUCAAAGGGAUUCUUUUGAGUUGUUAAAUCAUUUGUGAUCAAUGUCAUAAAACAGUGAUUUUGACCAAAGAAUAUACAGAAGUGUGAAAUAGGACAUACUCUUUAACCUGAAUCCAGUGAUAGAACAUAAUUAUACAUUGUAGGCAAAGAGCAGUUUCAGUAGUUUUAAAGGGGCAUGCUUCUAGGUUGAAAGCGAUCUUGAAACACUGCCGCCUUAAUAACACUGUAGAAAUGAGAAAUAUAGCAAAACUUUAUAUGAUACCUCAGACUUCAGGAAAGUUGGAAAAAUGGCCGGACAUUCAGUCCAGCAAAGCCUAAAAAUCUGCCGAACCGAAAAACAAUAUGCCGGACCGAAAAAAAUGUCAGUGCACUGCGUAUGUUUCCUUUAUCAAAUACAAGCCAGGUGCGAUUUUUAGUCCAUUUCUCGUUAAAUGUUCCGUCAACCCUCUUAUUUUCGUACAUUUUUUCUUUCACUACGAUUGUCAAGCGUUAAUUUACGUUUCUUCCCCGGUUCUGCCCUGGCAUAAUAUGUUAGUGACACCAUUUUGAUGUGUUGUCCGAGAUGUUGCGGUUCUCGGGGUACAAUAAAUGCCAGUCAGUCGGACCGCAUCCGGAUUAAGAAACAGGGGACCGCGUCAAAAUUUUCCGGUCAUGUCCGUCAGAUCGACGACUUUCAGGAAGUCUGAUACCUAUAAAAUUUAAAUUUUAACAAUAUUUAUAUGAAUAUUAUAUGAUUUUCAAUGUUUUAUAGACAUAGCCAUCUGUUUUAAAAAAAUUGAUAUUUGUGAAGUUCUUGUGAAGUCUCGCCCCUUUAAAAUUUAUUGCAUUUAAGUUGAGUCUCUAUAUACAUUUUAUGCCAAAUAUAAUUGAUAUCUCUACUCUUAGUGUCAGUAAUUAACUAGUCAUUGUUUAGAUGGAAUAAAAGCAAAAUUUUCUAAUAAGACAUUGAAAGCAAUUUUAUUCAUGGCUGUAGAAAGUAUAAACUUCUGUAAAUGGUUUGUAAAUAAGAUAGUAUUUGUCUUUAGAUAGUUAAUUUAACCUUUAGCCUGCUGCCGGCAAGUGAUUCUGCCUUUGAGACCCGUGCAGCCUGAUCAUGGUCUGCACUGUUCGCUAUUCAGUCAGUAAAUUUUUAGUAAACACUGCUUCAAACAGUAAAUGGUACUGCCCAAAUUUAAUGAAGGACCAGUCCAUUUUAGAAGGAUUAAGGUUAAAAAGGUAAAAAAAAGUCAGAAUCUUCAGGCUGUAACUUAUGAAUUGUUAUCUUUGUAAAAGAAAGGCUGUGAUAAAACCAGAAUUUGAGAGUUAAUUGUUAAACUGUUGUAUAGUCUUCUAUAUAUUAACUAGUACAUUUUGCAGUUCUUGCAUAAUUUACAUUUACAUUAUAUUUAGAUUUAUACAUAGGUAUGUGACUGGUUGUUAUUCGUCCAUUACCAGUUAACAAUGGAGGGUAGGGGUUGGGUAGGGUAGGGGGGAACUAUAUGUUGGCACUCAAUUUAUCAAGCAGAAUCUGUGCCCUUCGAUAACUUGGAAAGGAUGUAAGAUAUUUAUAUGAAACUUGGUAAGUAAUGAGAGACCAUAAGGAAAUUAUGAACUGACUUUUUUUAUUUUAUUUUGUUGCUACUUCAAACAGUUUUGCUUUGUUAACAGUUAGAAAAAAUAAAACAAAAUAGAUCUGCAAAAAUCAGGAUCCUGUGAUAACUUGAAAAGUAUGUAAGGCAUUUUAAUGAAACUUAGCAUGGUAUUAAUGAACCAUAAAGAGAUUAUGCUAAUUUCUUCUGUUUCUGUUGCUAUAUUAAUUAUUGCGGAUGCUAUAGCAACAGAUAGCUGUAGAAUAUGACAAAAAACAGAUUGUACCUUAUUUCAUUUAUUCCAUUCAUCUGUACAUUUGGCCUUAAGUUACAAAAGGUUGAUCCCACUAUAAAUUUUAUAAGUAAUGAAAUCUGAUUUUUUGAUGCAAUUCAUUUUUAGCUCAGCUGAGCCAAAGGCUUAGAUUGAGCUAUUAUGAUCGCUCACCGUCUGGACGUCCGUCCGGCAUCCAUCCGUCCGCACUUCCCUUUAAACAACAUCUCCUGCUAAACCAUCAGGCCAAUUUUGAUGAAACUUUGAUGAAAAUUGAAUUCCAUAUAGAACUCUGGUUGCCAUGGCAACUAAAAGAAAAAACUUUAAAAAUCUUCUUGUCCAAAACCACAGGUCAUAGGGCUUUUAUAUUUGGAAUGUAGCAUCAUCUAGUGGUCCUCUACCAAGGGUGUUCAAAUUAUUCCCCAAGGGUCAAAUAUGGCCCCGCCCCGGGGGUCACAUGGUUUACAUAGACUUAUAUAGGGAAAACUUUGAAAAUCUUCUUGUCCAAAACCACAAGGCAUAGAACCUCAAUAUUUGGCUUGUGACAUCAUCUAAUGGUCCUCUAUAAAGAUUGUUCAAGUUAUCCCCCUAGGGUCAAAUAUGGCCCCACCCUGGGGGUCAGAUGGUUUAUAUAGACUUAUAUAGGGAAAACUUUGAAAAUCUUUUUGUACAAAACCACAGUGCCUAGGGCUUUGAUAUUUAAUAUGUAGCAUUCUAUAGUAGUCCUUUACCAAGAUUGUUCAAAUUGUCUCCCUGUGGUCAAAUUUGGCCCUGUCCUGGUUGUCACAUUGUUUAUAUAGACUUCUAUAGGGGAAACUUUGAAAAUCUUCAUGCACAAAACCACAUAGCCUAGGGCUUUAAUAUUUGGUAUGUUGCGUCGUAUAGUAGUCCUUUACCAAGACUGUUCAAAUUAUUCUCCUGGGGUCAAAAGGCCAGGGGGUGGGGGGGGGGGGGUGCACAUGGUUUAAAUAGACUUGUACAGGGAAAACCUUUUAAAAAAUUCUUGUCUUAAACCAUAAGGUCCAGAGCUUAGAUAUUUAAUAUGUGGCAUGCUGUAGUGGUUCUCUAACAAGAUUUUCAAAUCAUGACCCUGGGGUCAAAAUAGGCCACACCGGGGUGGUCCCUUGUUUAACAUUGACUUAUUUGUUGUUUUGAAGCAGUGGCAAAGAAAUUUGCACCACAAGUAUAAUGUUUGAAUAUUCAUCUUGAAUUGUCUUAAUUUUGACCUACUGACCUACUUUCUUGUUUUUGAAGUUACAGCAAAGUAAUUUGGACCACAUGUAUAAUUUUUGAUACAAAUUUCAAUACUCAUCUUGAAAAGUCUUAAUUGUGACCUACUGACCUACUUUCUUGUUUUUGAAGUUACAGGAUAAAAAUUUGGACUACAUGUAUAAUUUUUGAUACAGAUUUCAAUACUCAUCUUUAAUAUUCUUAUUCCUGACCUACUGACCUACUUUCUUGUUUUUUAAUCUACAGCAAAGAGAUUUGGACCACCUGUAUAAUUUUUCAUACAGAUUUCAGUAGUUAUCUUUAAUUAUCUUGACUGUGACCUACUUGCCUACCUUUUUGUUUUUGAAGCUUUAGCAAAGAAAUUUGUUCAAGCAAGCAACUAAACUCAGGUGAGCGAUAUAGGGCCAUCAUGGCCCUCUUGUAUUUGGUUGCAUUGAUUAAAAAAGGGCAAUAUUGAAUAUGCAAACCAUUUUAAUCUUUCUGCUGCAUUUAAAAUUGUUGGUGCUAUAGCAACAAUGACUUAUCACUGUAGGGGACUUUUUGAAAUGUAUGAUUGUAUUGGCCUUUGCUUAUUUAAGAAAAAAAACAUGUUAUACAAUAUAUCUUGCCAAACAUUCUUUCCUGGACACAUACAGCUUACCAUCAAGGCGAAGAUUAUCGAGAAGGGUCGUUGGUGUAGUCGUACCUGCCUCGUCUAUAGCUCGGCAACAUUUUUUAGUACCUAUAUCUGUAUCGAUAACGUUAUGAGAAUGUUUCCUCGGGUUUUCAUAAUCGAGAUUCUGAUAGGGAUUGUCACAAAGACGAAUUACUGGCUUCACCUAGACUGCUGUUUUUUCCUAAACAAUAGUUUUAGAGCACAAGUUUUGUGGUUCAGAUCAUUUUUAGUCAAAUUCUAUCACCAGUUUCAAAAUUCUUCUGCCUCUUCAAAAAUUUCAAAAACUGGUCAAAGCUGGCAGAGGUUUCAACAAGAUAUUAGAGAAGUAGCAAUGGUUACACAUUUGUGUAAGAUUUCCUCCAUUAUUUUAAUAAGCCUCGAAUGUGUCAAAAUUCAGAACAAGCCAUUUACCAAAAAUAUAGCAGUGCAAUGUUGAACUGUGCCAGUCAAAGCAAACUUACAUUUUUUAAACUUGUAGAUUUCCGUGCAGCAAGCGAUUUAAUUAAACCAGUCUGAGCAAAGGGGUCCGGCACAUGAGUGGAUUAAGUUUAAUGACUUAUUUUAGUGUCCUAGAGUCUAGGGAGUAGUCAUUUUAGUAUGGGUUUUUGAUAAUUAUGGCUCUAGGACACUAAAAUAAGUCAUUAAACUCAAUCCACUCAUGUGCCAGACUCCUUUGAGUCUGACAGUUGUUGCAGACGUUUAUUGAAAUGUACAUGGAUUUACUACAUGACUGUGUUCUUAUAUGUACAGAUAUGAAAUCUCUAGCUCUAUUGUCCCCAAUACAAAGAAAAUUUAUUCAUAGCUUAGCGGUUAUUGCAAGUGAUAACUGAAAUCUAAUGUUCAAGACUUGGACUAAUAAAUCAUUGAUUUUAAAUAAUAUGACCCGAGUUUAUUUUCCUGUUAAGGUAGUUCUGCACGUUUGGAUCGAAAUUUUUUCUACAAUGUAGAAUUUGAUUAAACUUUGAUUUCUAAACUUCAGAAUAUACCUAGAAAAUUCAACAAAUAAAAAGGAUAGGGUCGUGUGCUUGAUUCUUUGCUAGACUGAUUUGAAAGAUUUGGACCUCACGCAAUUUUUCAUAAUGGGAGUCUAUGGGAAAAUAGCAAGUUUCAUAACAUUUUCGCGAAUAGAAAAUUUUCUGCAAUGUAGAUUUUAAUGAAAGUUCUCACAGUCGUAAAUAAAUAUAUGGCCUAUAAUACAGUGAAAUAAAAUGUAUAGAUCCAUGUGCUUAUUUCUGAGAUAUUUGGCCAUGGUUAAAGUGAACCGCCUAUUUGAAGCUAAUUUAAAGACAUUAUUUUGAAUUAUUUAAUGUGUCAGAUGUUUUAAUAUAAUAUUUUAACUUUAGAAAGAUAGAGACUGUUACAAUUUAAUAAAUUUAUUCACAGGUUGCCUUUGAUUCAUAAACUGAUUUUCAUUUCCGUACGCCGAAUCCAGGCUUUAUUCUACGCUUUCCGGACAAAUGACGUUACGCCAUCACUUCCGGUAUAUCAAACGUGCAGAACUACCUUAAAUAAAGAAGACUGAAACUAUGUGUGAUUACGCAACAAAAUCACUUUUAGUACGUCACAACUAUUACAUCACAGUAUCAGAUGCCAUAGCGGCGUGCUGGAAAAGAAUACCAAGCAAAACUGGAAAACAUUUGGUGGAUGUUGUCAAGGAUUUAGAUGAUAAUCCUUGAUAUUGCGUUAGAAUCGAAAUAUUAUCUCAAGCUGAGUGAUUUUCUCUUGAAUAAAAUCAUUGUCUGUUCGUUUGCAUAUUUCUGUAUCACUCAGGUGCAGAGAACAUCAUCUCAAAAUGGCAUUGUCAUUAUAAACAUGGCACUUAGUUAUUAUCUAUGAUAAUCUUGUAUUAUCUUGCCGUACUUUUUACAGAAUAUGUCUGUAAAUCUUCCGAAGGGAAGUAUAGUACAAAUCUGUGUUGAAAUUUUACUCUUUAUUUCGAAUUUUCGGACACUUGUCCUUUUUCAAGAAUAUGGAAAUAUUUUUCUGACUAAGUAAUAUCCAUGUAACAUUUAUAUCACAGGAAAUGAAUAAUGUUGACGUCCUGUCACUAAGACAACGUCACGUCAUAUCCUGUGUAAGACGUGACGUCGUUUCCCGCAAAAAGGGCAAGGUGCCAACAUCAUACAUAACCAGAGAGCAAAACACAAUACUAAGUGCAGCAAGAUAUACAAAAUGAUAAUAAUAAUAAAUAAAUAAAUAAUAAUAAUAAUAAAAAUAUAUAUAUAUAUAUAUAAUAAAUAAAAACAGCAAGAUAACUGUCCAAUUCAUUUUAAACCCCUAAAAGUUAAAAUAUACAGGAUGUCUAUACGCAGUCAGUUUGAAAACACUAGAAAUGCAUGCAUUGUCAUUUAAGUGAAAGGACCCUCCAUAGUUUUUAGAAUUACACAAGUUAAGUUAAAGAAUCCAAGGGUCACUACUGAUGACUAUUAACGACUUUACUGAAUGCAUUUUAAAUAUUAAGUUUUACGUUACAUCCCUGGGGUGUCUUCGUGCCUAGCCUCUUUAUCCAUUCCUCUUCUACCAUCUGUCUGUAAAUGCGUCCUUCGUUAAACACCUUUUGAAGUACUGCAACCUUUACAUCUUCUGCUGUAUGACCCUCGAAAUGCCUCAUAAUUGGUUUAUCUGCUUGUUGACGGACAUCUCUAAGAUGUUCUUCUGUGCGUUCUUUCAGGGAUCUUUCUGUCUCUCCUACAUAAACUGUCAUGUCACACCGUGAGCAGACCAGAGCAUAUAUUAAGUUUCUGUCAGUACAUUUUGGAACUGAGGCUGUAUUGUAGCUGCUGUUUUUGUCAGUGGACCAGACUUCUCCCAUGUGGAGAGACAAACAUAUUCUACAUUUACAUAGGUUAACUGACUGCUUUAAAGCCUUGUUUGUUUUCCCGUGCACUAGGAUGUCACAUAUAUUUUUGUCUCUUCUGUAGGCAAUAAUGGGUGGAGAUUGGAACACUUCCAUCAUCUUCUCAGAUCUAUAUAAAAUGUUCAUAUGUUUCCUAACAAUUGAGUGGAUAUUAGGGAGCUGCUUGGUAUAUGUUAAUACUAGUGGUACACGUUUGUCUUUUCCUUUUUUAGUCUGCUUUUGUAAUAGGUCUUCUCUGUCUAAAGUAUCUACUUUUGUCAGUUGCCGUUCUACUUCUUUUCCACUAUAUCCUCUUCUGCGAAGUUGUUGUUUAAGUUCAGUUCUGUGUUUCUGGUAAUCUUGCUCUUUUUCACAGAUUCUCUUAAGCCUAAGACCUAAGCCAUACGCCAACCCUGAUUUAGCAGAUAAACCAAUUAUGAGGCAUUUCGAGGGUCAUACAGCAGAAGAUGUAAAGGUUGCAGUACUUCAAAAGGUGUUUAACGAAGGACGCAUUUACAGACAGAUGGUAGAAGAGGAAUGGAUAAAGAGGCUAGGCACGAAGACACCCCAGGGAUGUAACGUAAAACUUAAUAUUUAAAAUGCAUUCAGUAAAGUCGUUAAUAGUCAUCAGUAGUGACCCUUGGAUUCUUUAACUUAACUUGUGUAAUUCUAAAAACUAUGGAGGGUCCUUUCACUUAAAUGACAAUGCAUGCAUUUCUAGUGUUUUCAAACUGACUGCGUAUAGACAUCCUGUAUAUUUUAACUUUUAGGGGUUUAAAAUGAAUUGGACAGUUAUCUUGCUGUUUUUAUUUAUUAUAUAUAUAUAUAUAUUUUUAUUAUUAUUAUUAUUUAUUUAUUUAUUAUUAUUAUUAUUUUGUAUAUCUUGCUGCACUUAGUAUUGUGUUUUGCUCUCUGGUUAUGUAUGAUGUUGGCACCUUGCCCUUUUUGCGGGAAACGACGUCACGUCUUACACAGGAUAUGACGUGACGUUGUCUUAGUGACAGGACGUCAACAUUAUUCAUUUCCUGUGAUAUAAAUGUUACAUGGAUAUUACUUAGUCAGAAAAAUAUUUCCAUAUUCUUGAAAAAGGACAAGUGUCCGAAAAUUCGAAAUAAAGAGUAAAAUUUCAACACAGAUUUUUACAGAAUAUAUUACAUAGAAUUAUUACAUAGUUUUAUAAAAUUAUUUUUGUUGUUCAAAGGAUAACAGUUGUUUAAUUUUGAUGUAAUAUAUACAGUGCCUGAACAAAAUUACCAGUUGCAUUCAAGUUGUAUACCUUUUUCUGCAUUAACCUUGAUUUUAGACUUUUGUGACAUCAUAUAACAUGGACAUGCUAAAAGCAUUGGGAGGUUGUUACGUUAUAAUUGUUCUUUCAUUGUGCUGUGCUGUGUAAAAUAGUACGUCCUUAGAGGAUGGGUUUUUAUGUGUACAUCUCCGUUUUGAGCUAAAAUUUGUGAUUUAUUAGGCUAGUCCACAAACUUUUUGAACACCCUUUGAAAAAGAACCAGACAGUGAGAAUGCAAAAAAACAUCACAUUAACUGGGAUGAAAUGUUAAUUUCUUUUUAUUUAGAAGUUUUAGUUUUCAGCAUGUUUAGGCAUAUUAAAACAUGCAUACAUUGUUUGAUAUUGUUACGACUGCGUAUGUUCUUAGAUGUAAUAAAAUUGUGUCUGCAUCCAACAUUAUGUAAGUUUUCCUCUGCUAUAUUGAUUCAUUUAGAAACACUGUUUGUAUAAUGAUGUAAUUUUAAGUAACUUUUUCUGUUAGCAUAAUACUCAGUUCCAUAAUGUUAGAUGCAACUGAAGAGUAUUUGUCAGGGGACAGAACUCAUUAAAACAAUUUUUUAAGAAUGAAACUAUUUAAACUUCAUUUUCAUAGCAGUUUGAUAGACAACUGCCAUAUUUGUGCUGAACUGUCAGAAUUGGCACUUUGCUGCUGGUUAUACCUAGCAGAUAAUUCUGCAUUAUAUUCAGGACUUUUUUACUUUUAUGGGAAAUUCUGCUCAUGAAUAUUAGCAAACAUUGCACUAUAUUUACAUUCUCACUGUUUGUUCCAUUGAAAAUUAUGACAUUCAAUUGGUACGAGCUGCAAAAGGGAAGUACCCAAAGAUACGAUAAUGCCACAUUGAUAGAGCAUGCCACUUCUUGACAAUACUCACGUUUAGUCAGUGAAAAUGUUUCUUAGAUGCUAUUGCAGUUAUUAAGUCUGGUGAACUGAAUGAUUGCGAAACUGAUUCUAAUGUUAAAUAAAACAAAGUGUUUGCAAUUUAUCAAAAUAGUUUAACAAGUGGGAAGGAAAUGUAAUACAGAUAUAAGAAAUUGAUUUUUUUUUUCAGGCAAAAUAAAGGACGUAAUAUGAUCAGCAAAUAGUCUAUGAACUGCUAGCACAAUUCCUGGAUUUGCCUAUCAUAUUCUGUCAUUCAUUUUGCAUGAACUCGAGAAAAAUUUUUUUAUUUCUUAAUAUGUUGUACUGUGUUUGCCAAAACUGUUACUGUGAGAUUUUAUGAUUGGAGAAAACUUUAUGGUAUUUCUUGGUCAUGUUAAUUUUUCAUAAUAUAAACUGUGAUAUCACUAGUUAGGAAUGUGCAAUUUAUGCUGUCUAGAAAAAUAAUUUGGUUCUUGAAAUUUUUGCCAAUAAAUUUUGACAGGAAUAGCAAGGCGGGUAUGAAGCAUCUCCCACUUAUUCUAUCUUCAGUGUUAGAAACUGCAAAUGUUCAGUGUUAAAAACUGAAAAUGUAAAGACUUCCACAUGUUUUAAAUAGUAUUUUAUUAAUAGACAACUUAUGUAGAUAACACUUUGUCUAUUUCUUGACAUUCACAAAAUCUACAUUUCUGCCAGUGUCCUUUAAAAGACUAUAUUUGAGCUAUCAUUUGAUAGAAUACAGAUUUUACAAAAAUUAGAAAUCUUGACAUGUUGAAUGUUUUACCCAUCUAUGAUCUAUUUGGGCAAGGCAAAAGUUCUUUUGAACCAUAUUUUUGACAGACAAAUUAUUUUUCUUUUUUUUAUACAUAAAACUGACACCUUUUUCACAAGGGAUAUGUAUCUAUAUAAAAACAAGGUAUGUGUAAAACCUCUUUAGAUGUCACAACAGAAAAUGUUGCCUGUGGAUGUUAGACACAAAUCAUUCUCAUUUGUGUUAAAUGUCCCGUAUCAAGAUAUUUUGGUGUUUCACCUAUUUCUUAUUUAAGUGUGUAUAUAAAUUUUAUUCAUCUAGAAUAAAAUUUUAGUUGAAGAAAAUGAAAUUUGCUUGUACAGAUUCUUGAUUUUUAUGUAUCAGAUUUGUUCAGACUUUAUAAAUAUAUAUUUAUGACCUUUA